GCGACGGAAAGCUACGUACGAGCGCGAGAGCGAGAGCACCUGAAAGAGAGAAAGAGAGAGGGGAGGAGCGAUACAGGUGUGCCAAGUCUGCAGGAGGUGUUUACAAGGCUGCGACACAAUGGUUUCUUGUGCAGUGCUGAUGGCGGUGGCCGGCAUUGCGAUGCUGGGGCCCUCAACAACGAGCGCUUUCACUGCCUCUCCGACCAGCAUCCGGUCCCAGCACAGCAGAGCGGCGGCGCGACCAAGCUGCGACCACGCCGCAAGCACGCAAGCGCCGAGCCGACAUCAUGCUGCCGCGAAGGCCGGCGGGAGACGAUACGCGUCACAGCUGCGAAUGAGCACCGCUGAGGAGACUCCUGCGGCGGCGGCCGCGACCGCCGUAGCUCGCGAGCCGACGAGAGACAUUCCCACCACAUUGCCGUCGGAGUGCGGGAUAGACUACGUGCCGCUGGCUACGAUGCUGGCCACGGGGGACCUCAAGGGCGCCGACCAGUUCACGCGAGACGCGCUCAUCAAGGCGGCGGGCGCGGGCAGCCAAAAGAGAGACUUCGUGUACUGGACGGAGGUCAAGAACAUCCCCAACACGGACUUGGCGACCAUGGAGAACCUGUGGCUGAGCUACAGCAAGGGAAAGUUCGGCUACAGCGUGCAGAAGGACCUCUGGCGGAAGACCAAGGGCGACUUCGAGAACUUUUGCCGCCGCAUCGGCUGGACUACCAUGGACGCUGAGGUUGAGCGUAAGCUGCGCUGGUUCGGCGCCAACGAGUUUAUCUACGACGUGGACAGGGCCCCCAGGGGACACCUCCCCCUCACCAGCGCGUUGCGAGGCACCACUCUCCUCAAGGAGUUGAUGAUGCACCCGGUGUGGGAGACGGAGUGGGAGUGGAAGUAGGCAGCCGGGUAGACGGAAAGGGGGCACGCAGCCGGAAACUUGGUUACGCAGGGCCAUGGUGUGGUUAGGUUUGGUUGAACGGAGCAGGGGUGUGUGCGGGGGGUUAGAGACAAACGUUCGCCCGAUGUUUUCCGACAGGUAAGUCAGUGUAGAGAGAGAGGUUUCAAGUUUUUUUUUUUGUUUGGCUGUUUCUUCUUGGACAGCGUACAGCAGUAACGGCGACGCGGUUUGAAAGGACAGCUGGGUUUGGUCGAAGGUGUUGACGCCGACGCGUGUUAUUGGCGAGUUGGGUCGUUUCAGAGCAGCACACGAGUAGUACGUUAGGAAUUUUGACGCUUUUUUCUUGGGAGAACUGGUGACAGCGAUGGAAAAAUUAGGAGUGCAGCGCGUGGUUGCUCUCACGUGCAAGGGACGGACGGUGUUGCAGAUCCAAUGAUACUGUGCACAUAUUCUUUCAGUGCAAACACUUGUGUUUUUUGAAGCGCUCUCCCAAGUAUCGGCAAUUCUGGAGUUUCGUGCUCCGGGUUUGGCGAGUUUCAGGUAACUUACAACUAGGCGAUCGUUUUAUUUAAUCCGUGCAUACGCCUACCUCUCUUCGUAGGGUCGACUGCAUGUCGGCUGGCCCGUUUCUUGUUGCUAGAGCAACACAUUCAUAUCUGGAGUUGGAUGCCGAAAGCCGCAGCAGCGGUGUGCCGACAGACUACCUGCACGUUGGCAGAGAGACGAUCGAAUGCCGGCGGUAUUUUCGAAAAUAGUGGGGUAGUGUUCCAAGGGACGGUGGGAGAUGCAUUGCAUGAUUGAUUGCCUUGAGGCGCCCGACGACGACAUCGUCUGUCACCAAAUCUCUCAUCUCAGACAACGAAAAUCUGGGGAGGACAUUUUGACUUCCGGGAGAUAAGCCACCGGUUCGUUGUGAAGAGAAAUAUGCCACACA